AAUACCAUGUCACUCCGUAAGGGAGAAAGAAGCAACUAGGCUGAAGGUUUUUUUAUUAUUAUUAUUAUUAUUUUUUAAUUUUUUCCCUCCCUCCUCCCUUUCUUUCUUUUUCUUUUUUUUUUUAAUUCGAGGAGAUCAAAGAAAAAAAAAUUGAGAGAAGAAGAAGAGAGAGAGAAGGAAAAAAGCAAGCAAGCAAGCAGAAAUUACUGAGUUACUGUGUGUACUGAUUUCCCAGAACUGGACUUUAAAAUUUCCAACACAAUCUGGAUUGUGAUUGUUUUACAAAACAACAGCUUUGUUUUUUUUUUGUUUGCUACAAACGUACAAUAACAAUAAGGAGAUUAAACAAAAGGUGGACAAGUGAGAUCUUCUGUGUGUGCUUUGGCUUUUUUUUUUUCUUUCUUAAGGGAUAGAUGGUUUCCUUGGAAUUUGUGAUCUGUUAACAAAAACAACAACAACAACAUAAAAAGGCAAAGAAGUCUAAUAAUCUCUAUCAGUGCUGGGAUAGUGGUUUCAGAGGAUAAAAUUAAGAGGCCUGGGGUAAUUGUACCCUUGUCAACGUGGUUCCUGCAUCAGAGAUAACCAGCUACAUGGGCAAACGCUUGGAACAGCAGCCAAUGUACCCACAGUACACCUACUACUACCCUCAUUACCUCCAAACCAAGCAGUCCUAUGCACCAGCUCCCCAUCCCAUGGCUCCCCCCAGCCCCAGCACAAACAGCAGUAACAACAGCAGUAACAGUAGUGGGGAACAGUUGAGUAAAACAAACCUUUAUAUUCGUGGACUUCCACCGGGCACCACGGACCAGGACCUCAUUAAACUGUGCCAACCGUAUGGAAAAAUUGUUUCUACUAAGGCAAUUCUUGACAAAAACACAAAUCAAUGCAAAGGCUAUGGAUUUGUGGAUUUUGAUAGUCCAGCUGCAGCACAGAAGGCAGUUGCAUCUCUCAAAGCUAAUGGAGUGCAAGCCCAGAUGGCAAAGCAACAAGAGCAAGACCCAACAAAUUUAUACAUUUCAAACCUGCCAGUGUCCAUGGAUGAGCAAGAGCUGGAGAACAUGUUAAAGCCCUUUGGACACGUUAUUUCGACUAGAAUAUUAAGAGACGCCAAUGGAGUUAGCAGAGGAGUAGGGUUUGCUAGAAUGGAGUCUACUGAAAAAUGUGAAGUGGUAAUUCAGCAUUUCAAUGGCAAAUAUUUGAAGACACCUCCAGGAGUACCAGCUCCACCAGAGCCUUUAUUGUGUAAAUUUGCCGAUGGAGGACAAAAGAAGAGGCAAAAUCAGAGCAAAUACACACAGAAUGGAAGGCUGUGGCCAAGAGAUGGAGAGACUGGAAUGGCUCUAACAUAUGAUCCUGCAGCAGCAAUGCAGAAUGGAUUUUAUUCUUCCCCGUACAAUAUUGCAACAAACCGUAUGAUUCCACAGACAUCCAUUACUCCAUUUAUUGCUGCUUCCCCAGUCUCUACUUAUCAGGUCCAGAGUACAUCAUGGAUGCCUCACCCACCAUAUGUUAUGCAACCCACGGGUGCUGUUAUAACGCCGACCAUGGAUCAUACCAUGUCUAUGCAGCCAGCGAGUAUGAUGGGCCCCUUGACCCAACAAAUGAAUCAUCUCUCUUUGGGUACCACCGGAACGUAUAUGACUGCUGCUGCGCCUAUGCAAGGGACCUAUAUUCCUCAGUAUACUCCUGUGCCUCCAACAGCUGUUCAAGUUGAAGGUGUUGUUGCUGACACCUCUCCUCAGGCAGUACAGUCUUCACCACAGGAAGCAAGCGGACAACAGCAACAACUAACUGUAGAGACGAACAAUGAACAUGCAUCUGCGUACUCCUACCAACAGUCUAAACAAUAAACAGAACCGGAGAAUGUUGGUCUAAAAACCUUGCCUUGAAAGGAGGAACUUCAGUCACCAUGAAGUUGGCAUCCACUUUGCACAGGCAUUGAACAAAGCUCUUUUUUUCUUAUUUUUGAUUUUUACUUGGCUCAACAAAGUGUUUUUACGUGCUGUGCAAAAAAAUAUUCAGUUAUGUAGUCCGAUAAUUUUAUUUUUGCUACUUUUUUUAAUUAAGUAAAACCCAGAGGAGACGUUACUGGGUAAACACACUUUCACCUGGAUGAACAUUUGAAUUCCAUGACAUCUGGAGGUGUUGAUAACAAAAACAGUAAAACUGAUGUCAAGAGGGAACAAGAACAGACUAAAACCUAAUUGUCUUCCUCUAUAAUUAAGCUACUCUUUUUCUCCCCAUUUUUUUUCCACGUUUGUUUAAUUUGAGCUUUUUUUUUCAUAGGAAUGAUCAUGUAGGGUUUUUUUCUUGAAUCUUAAUUGCCUUAAUUUUAAGGACGUCAGUGGAUCCCAGAACAAGUGAUCAGCAUCUUGAUAGAACACAUGGCAUGAGACAUGACAUAUUAAUUGAAUAAACCAGUCGACUGGUGUGGAAGUUUUUAUAUUGAUUUCUGGGGCAAAAGAGUACAGUACAUUGUGAAAUUAUGUUUUUUCUUUUGAGGAAAAUGUUUGCUGAUGAAAAGAAAAUAACUACAUCUGCAAGAAUUCAAAACAUUGUGGGACUUUUAUGAACUUUACGUGUUAAUUCAAAUUGUUAGAGAUGGCUGUGGCUUUUUAUGAUGGAGUUAACAAAAUCAAAAAAAAGAAAAAAAAUGGAAUUUGACUGCAUUGGAAAAAUGCAGCUGUUUGUUGAAUGCAUUUUUUUUUGUUGUUUCUUUUUUUUAUUUACCUAGCGUGAGCUCUAGUUAAGACUUUAGUGCUUUUUAUCUGCAAUCUUUUUUAUGAGCUUUAAGGGAUCUUUAGUCAGCUUUGCUUUGUCAUAUCGCAAAACGUUAGCCUAGUAGCAUUACAAAAAAAAGUAGUUUAUGGUCAAAAAAAGUGCAAAAAAAGCAAUAGAUAGCAGAAAUUGUUGACAAUUUCUAUAGUCUUUCCUAGUUGUGAUCAAAUGCAGCCUAUGGAUGGCCUAUUUUAUACCAAAGAUUAAGUGACACCCUAAACACUGAAAAGCAGUUCUGAAGAUAGUGUUUUUGCUUAUUUGUUUUAAUCUUUAUUUGACCUACAUGGCCGGACCAAUUUUUACUUUCUUCUAUGUUUAAACUAUCUUCCACUGGUAUUCUAUGUAGUUAUGUUGUUUAGAAAGACGCAUGAUGGCUACUUGGUUGCAACCCUCACUGAACUACCUUCAGCGGAUGGUUAAUGAAAUGAAAUGGUUAAUGUUUCCUAGCCUCCUAUGGGAUAGCUUGAUAUUUUCUAUAGUUACUAGUCUUCCUUCUUUCAGAGCAGACCUCUCAAUGGAGCAUUUUUGUUAUGUCUAGAAAUAAUGGCAGUAUAUUUUGUUUACAUUUGAAAUCUCUGCCAAACAUGUUCAGUGUUACUACAUAACAGACACAUUGACAAUCAUUUUAAUUGACAUUUAUUACCUGUCCAACAAUAAAUGGUUGAAGGAAGUGUAAAAGAUAAGAAA